AUGGGGAAAGAACGCAAAAGAAAAGCAAAGAAAACCACUUCUUCAACGAAAAGGAAAGGUAACUUCUUUCUCACACAGUGUACUUUAUUAAAGUUCUUGAAAAUUGACAGUUUACAACAGGAGAUAACAAGUAUGUAUCAUCUCGAUGGCAUCCUCCAAGACCACGUGCAGUCUAAAACAGCUGAAUCAGAAAGCUACUUUGAAUUUUUCCCGUACCAGAGCUCUAAUUUUUUAAAACAUUUUUUUCCUCUCUUUCUGUCAAUUCUAUGACAUUUUUACGAUGUGAUGAAGCUACUGUAUGCGCUUAUGAUUCAGAGUCAAUCUGAGCUUGUAAAUUUAUUUGCCACAAAACACACCACCAAUGAAACACCACCAACGAAAAUAACCCUUUAACUCCCAGACCAAAUUUUUAAUUCUCCUAACUGUCAACCAUACAAUUCUUAUGAUAUAAGUUCAGAGAACUGAGUAUUGGAUCAACUUAUUAUCCCCAAAUUGAUAUUUUUCUUUAUUCUCAUCACUUAUCUGGUUGAUAUUGUAAUGAUAUAGUAAGGAGAAAUUCUGUCUUGGUCACUUAUGGGAGUUAAAGGGUUAAACACUGAUAUGGCAUGGAUGUAAUUAAUUUCACGUUCUCCAUGUUGUUGUUUUUGUUGACCAAUGGAAGUGAUUUUGAAGAAAAUUUACUUUCAAAAAUCAUCAGUCUUUUUUUUCAAGAAAAUUUCUCUCAAAAAUCAUCAAAGUUUUAAAGAUAUCAGUCUCAAGUGUAGCUGAAGAUUAUGUAUACAGUCAAACUUAUAUCAAGUGGCACCAUAUUUUAAGCAGUCGGUUUUCAAAUUUCCAAUUUUUUUUGCCCAAAACACUGUAAUUCCUCUAUCAAGUAGCUGUGGUCACCCCUAACAGAGUUCCAAUGGCCUGUUUGUAUUGUCCUUUACCUGUACUGAAUGGUCACUUCAACCACAAUCACUAAAAGUUAGGAAUAAUUUUUCAAGUAAACUUUAAUCCAUGUUUCUAUGCUGAAAUCAAUUUUAGUAGUACUUUUGCGUGAGUUUUUUGGAGAUCAAGUGUCAGUUAUGGUAUAAUGGGAAAUUUUAAAGUAAACUUUCUUUCUCAAUACAGUUGUUAUUUAGGAUAGCAGCAUAUUGAUUAUAGGUUUUAUGUUCAAACAGGAUCUUCCUCUGAACGUAAUGAAAAACCUUUGACAAACUCAUUAACGUCUGAGAAUGGUGGUGAAACUGAUCUGGUUAAAGAAAAUCAGAAAAUAAAAGGAAAGGCUAGAUACAGCAUAAAAGAUCUACUGAAGCAGGUUUGUUUUUUUGCAUUUUUACAUUUCCUUGCAAAAACAUGUAUUUCCCAGUCUUGCACUAUAUGAUUAUUCAUGAAAAAUCAGAAUUUCUCCUCUUUCUAAAACAUGACAUCUUCACCAUGGUUACCAACAAGGUGGUUUCAUUUUUCACUAAGGUUUUGGUUUUUUGAGGUUGAAAGCAGCUUCUUUCCUCUCUGAAAGUUGAGUUUUCAUGCCGGUGAUUGUCUUUGGUUUAUAUUAUUAUGUUAUCUAUGUCUGCAGAUAAAGAGUACUUUAUAAUUGAGUUUUUGCACAUUUCUAAUUUUUCAGGCAGAGGAGUGUCUCGAUAAUUUUAAUUAUGAAUUAGCCAUAAAGUUCUGUGAGAGAGCUCUUGGCAUUGAACCUGAUAAUCUGGAAGUAUUGGAAAUGGCUGGAUCAGUAUACCUUGAAACUGGAGAUAUGGACAAAGCAAAAUCAGUAUCCUUAAGUUGGAUGCUUUUGAUGAAAGCUUUCAGCUCUGUGUUCAGAUCAUUUAAUUUUGAACUUUGUGAUUGUAACUUUGACUUGUUUGUCAGUCACACCCAGCCUUCAAUCCCAGGGUUCCAUGCUGAGAUCAUUUUAAUUGCUAUGAUGAUGAACAAAACAUUUUGGGACUAGUUGCUAAUUUGGCAAACUGUGUUUAGCAGCAGUGUGGCAACUUGUAAGCUUUUAUUACUCAGUUGCAAUGAAUUCUGAGGUCAACAUGGUAAACAUGUUAUAUGUACCUCUAAGUCUCUUAACAAUACUGAUGCAAACAGGUCAUGAGAGAGGAGAGUUUGAAUGGUUGUUAGGUGAAAUAAUGUAAUACUAAAUUUUUAUUACUAUUUAUCAAUUGAAAAGAGUACAACAAUAAGGAAAUGUUUAGCCACCAGGUUCAGAGAGAGUUAAAUGGUACAAAUUAAAUCAUCAGAGUUUAAAUUAGAAGUUAAUUUCAGGGAAAGUUACAUUUUAUUUCUUUAACAACUGAGUGCUUUGAAAAUGCUGUAAGGAUAUCUCCAGACCAAGGUUAUUCAAAAUUCAUGAAUCUUGGUCAGUUGUUGGAGGGUCAAGAGGCAGUUGCCGCCUUCAACAAAGGAAUUCAGUUAAUGAUCUCAAGCAAAGAAAAUGACACUGCUCAAGUAGGUUUAGUUCAUACUUAGGUGUUUUUUACUAUUUUUAUGGCAUGCAAUUGAAUAGCUAUUAGAGCCAAAAAUGGGCCCUUUUUAUCUGGUUAGUAGCAAUAACAAAAUGUAGUAGAUUGCUACUUCUGUGUCUAUUUCCUCUGGAUGAGAUUCUAGUUUAAUACAGCACCUGCCCCCCUCUCCCUUUUUAAUGCCGAAUGCUCCCAACAGAUCAUUGGUAUCCAUCCUUACACACUGUUGAGUACCUUGCUCAAGAUAAGUAGGAAAAACACUGGACAUUUGAUAGAGUUGCUUGCAUAGGAGAUGGCUUUUAUUUGUUUGUCUCAUGUUUGUCUCAAAGUGACUUUAACUUGAAACAAACUAAUUAACUUCAUCUCCUAACCAUGAUAUUGUCAGUAAUAACCUUCUUUUGAUACGUAUUACUUGAAAUUGAGUUGACAUGUGUGAACUGUUUGAACUGUUUUGACUUCAGGCAUCUGCAAGUGAUAGCACAGCUGCAUCAUCCACUGAAAUAUCAACAGCCUACUGCUCCCUGGCAGAAAUGUAUCUUACUGAUGAAUGGUGAGCACUUAAUUACCAUUUACUUUUUACUUUUACCUUUGACUUAAAUAGCUGAUAAAAGCUUUUUGUACACUUUUAACUGAAGUAUUAUUUGACCUCUUAAAAAUAAAACCACUGUAAAGUGAAACCUGCAUUAAGUAGUCUUCUUUGUGUUAAGUGGAGACCUAAAUGUACCAAAGUCUCAAAAGCUUCUUUUGAUAAUUUGAUGAUUGUAACCGAAAUAGACCUGUCUGAAGGUUUUCAAAGUGGUUAAAUUGCAAAUUUUUUGAAAAAUUAAGACUUGCAUUUUAUGUUAAAGUUUUAAAGAAGAAGCAGACAGCAAGUGCUAUGAAUGCUGUCAGAAAGCUGUUGAAUUUGAUGCAACCAACCCUGAGGCUUACCAGCUGAUGGCCAGCUGUUUGCUGAGUCAGCAAAACAUGGAAGAGGCACGGAAGAUGCUUGAUAAGAGUCUAGAGUUGUGGCAAGGAAAAGAUGAAGAACUUCCUGAGGUUUGAGUUAAAUAUUUGAAGCCUAAAUUGUUUAAUUUAUGAUAUUGUUUCCAGACCCAAGGUUCCGUCUCCACUUGGUUAAAUGCGCUUACAACAUACAUCAGCUGGCAGUAAAAUCCCCUGACAAUACAUCUAUGACAAGAUACAUGUAGUGACAGGUAUCAUUCUCUACAGCUAAGUGGUUUGACCAGUUCUUCAUCAUUCUUUGGAUUUCUUUAUGUGAUUGGUUAAUGAAUCAUAAGCAGUUCUGUGGGUUUUCCCUAAGCUGUAUUGAGAGUUGAUGUGAUUCUUCUUAGUGGCUCACUCAAGUAAUUGGUAUUAGUUAUUGACAAUCAUUUUGAAUGUAAUUAUUUUAGGCACCAGUGCCCCCAUAUGAAACCAGAAUUGCAACAUCAAAGCUGCUGAUUGAAUUAGAAAAUUACGAGGUAAGAAAUUAAAUGAAACUGAAACCAUUUAACUGAAAAAUUUGUCAAAUUUUGGUUACCAAAAAUAGGUUAUUUAAUCCUCAGGCCACCAUUAUUUCCCACUCUAUACUGCAGUAUGCUAAACAUAGUUCAUCUGGGCGUCGAUGAGUGUAUCACAUGCAUUGUUUUUAGUAAAGAUAUUACACCCUUUGUUACAGACUGCUGGUUCAGUCCUUGAAGAACUUAUUGAGGAGAGUGAUGAAGUUCCUCAGGUACCGUUAAUAGAUGCGUCAACUGAAUCUUAAAUCUUGUAUUUGCAACUUGAUGUUUUUUUUACGUUUCUUUCAUUUCAUAUUUGAAAUUUUUUCUGAAUUUACAUUGUACAUUUGACCUCGAUUGUUCAAGGUUGGAUAACGCCAUCCACUGAAUAAACCUCUAACCCCUGGAUAGCUAUUUAUCCACUGAAUAUCGUUAUCUGCCCUUUCAACGACUGAGCCUUGAUCAUAGGUUUGAUUCAUACAUUGAACAGUAACGUAUUUAAAAAAAAUUGUUUUGAUUAACGACUCGCUGACUGAAACACAUCAUGUCUUUCACUGCUCACUCGGUAGGUAUGGUAUUUACUUGGCUGGUUGAAUCAUAUCACAAAUCAGGACAGCACAAGCAUCAGAACAUGCCUGGAACAAGCUCAAAAAGUACGUACGAGCUUUUACGUUUGUCUCGUAGCGUUAUAUGCGACACAUACCAGCAUUGUGUGGAUGUACUGUAAUGCUUAAUCAAAAUUGUACCUUUUUAAUUUUUUCAAUAUCUAUUUUAUGAAUUUGUUCUCAGCUUUUUACCCAAUUCGGAUGUGACGACCAGCCUAUGAUGGAUCACGUGACUGAGAUGCUGGCAAGUUUACCCGAAGUUGAAAACCCGGAUGAAGAAAAUGGCGACCACGAAGACGACUCCGAUCCUGAUGACGGCGAAGAGGAAGAAAUGGACACUCAAUAAAAAAAAUGUAUAUUUAUUUUGAUUAAUACCUCUUGAGACUUGGAGGAUACAUGGAAAGCUUUCAAGUGAUGACUUCUCGAAUUUUAUAAUGAAUCGUUGACUUGGUACUUGUACCGUAUGUUAUUUUGGAUUACAAGAGCAAAACCCACCAUGGCCUAAUGACGUAC